AGAGAGAGAGGAGCACAGGGGAAAGAGAAAUCCAAGAAACACAAGGGAAAAACUGGAGGCACGGCCGUCACCCUGACAAAGUAUUGGACACAUGAAAAUGUUGACCUGAUGAUGGCGCUAGAUGAAAAGUCAGAGGAUCAGCAAAGUUAUUCCAGUUGAUCCUCAGGGGAACAUGAACGUCUGAACCAGUUGAAAUGGGAAUAUUUGUUGAGAUAUUUCAGUGUGAAGAAAAAAGCAAAGAAAAGAAGAGACAGUCAUGUUGAUCUGAACAUUAGAGAAACACAUCAUGGAGCUGAAAUAUGAUACUGCUUCAUCAUUUGGACUCGUUCACCUCAGCUGACACAUUCAACAGCAGACAGGUUUUUGUAUCAGUCUCUCUCACUGUGGGAAACAACGUCUACAUCUUUGGCUCUGGAACUAAACUGUAUGUAACAGAUAAGGACGUAGUGAAGCCCGUGGUGAGCGUGUACCCAGCAGCAUCCAGAGCCCACCUGGAGGGGAAGACCUCCCUGCUGUGUCUGGCCUCAGGCAUGUUUCCUCCUCUGGUCCAGUUCUCCUGGAAAAGACCGAAGGAGGAUGGUAAUCUGGUGGACGUGCCCUCUGCUGAGGGAGAGCAGCUGGAGCUCAGAGAGUCAGGACGCACCACCUCCAUCUUGCUGGUUGACCGAGAUGCUUUCGACACGAAUAAAUACCACUGCUCUGUCAAGCACGAGACAGGCACAGUGGAGGCCCAAAUACAACGAGAGGUUCCAGCUCCAGCAGCCUCCUGUCCUCCAGAGAGAGAGCCAACAGAGCAGCCAGCUCCACAGCAAGCUGACUUGGUUCCCCUGGAUCCUCUCCAGCCUCAGUGCAGGGUGAAGCUGCUCUGUCUGCUCUACACAGUGCUGAUAGUGAAGAGUCUGGUGUACGGCUGUGGACUCUCUCUGCUCACCAUGCUCAGAAACUAGGGACCGUCCACCAACUGCACACAUGCUGACUGACUCACUUCUUCUGCUCACCUUUUCUCUCCAUCUAAUCUCAUCACUUCAUCUUAUUUGCAUUUGUAUGUUUGCAGUUACUCAGUGUGAGUUCUGUAUUUGAGUGUCAUUUUGAUGCUCUAUUUUACAGUAUUUACAUGUUUAAUUCUGACUUGUGAAAUAAUAGAAAUUUGAAUUUGAAUCAUCAGCUGUUUGGUAGAUGUGUUUUCAUUCAUAGUAUUUUCCCCUUAGGUUGUUUGUUUUCAAUACAAAUUGAUGAGAUAGAGUUUAUUGUCAAAUGUAUUCGGUGU